GUAAUCGGGCGCCGCUUGUCUUGCUUUCGUAUAGCUUUCGUGUUUGCUCAUUUUGCGCCUUUCACCAAUACUAAUCAAGUUUACAAACUACUUUUCCACAUAGUAGUGUUUAUAUUACUCGUGCGGGCUGGUAUUCUUAUUUAUUCACAUCUAAAAUGGUUUAUAUUGAAUGAAGUGGGUCACAACUAAUUCAAAAUGGGUUUAGAUUUCGACGUUCUAGAGUUUUGCAAAAAACUCCGUCAAAACCGGCCUCCACCUUACCAAUGUCCCUUGGAAAAGUGUGAUAAAGUGUACAAGAGUUUGUGUGGGCUACAGUAUCACCUGGUGAACUAUGAUCAUGACAAUCCGACGCCUGCUACCCCGGCCUCUGUUAGCCACCGCAAGAAGGGCAGAUCGACGCGGGCGCCAGUGCCAACUGGUGACAUAGCCCUGCAAAGUCCACCCAAAGAAGCCCUAACUUUUGCGGAAGCCCAGAAAGUGGUCCAGUUUGAGAUAGAUGGUAAAAUUAGCAGGAUCCCUAUAGAUCAGCCCCUGCCGAUAAUGUCGCUUGAGGAUUGGGAAAAGAAGAACGCAGAGCUUGAGAAACCAGUGCCGUUUGUUGAGCCACCGCCUGAACCUCAUGUUAAAUUGCCUGAAGCCAGCUUCAAGCUUAUUGAGGAUUACAAUGAAAGAGUUUGUGAUGCCCCUCCCCGCCCGAAUGCCUACAUCCGCUUCAUAGAGAAGUCUGCUGAAGAACUAGACGGUGAAGUAGAGUAUGAUGUGGACGAGGAAGAUACCGCAUGGCUUGAAAUUAUCAAUAAGACGAGGGUCAAGCAAGGUCUGCCGCCUGUUUCAGUUGAUACCUUGGAGCUGUUGAUGGAUAGAUUGGAGAAAGAAUCAUACUUUCAGGCAUCCCAAACCGGCCAACAAACAGCGGCCCAGGUAGAUGAAGAUGCCGUCUGCUGCAUCUGCAUGGACGGUGAAUGUCAGAACACCAACGUCAUUCUGUUCUGUGACAUGUGUAACUUGGCAGUCCAUCAGGACUGCUAUGGGGUGCCGUACAUACCCGAGGGCCAGUGGCUGUGCCGCCGAUGUCUGCAGUCUCCGUCCCGCCUCGUCAACUGCGUACUCUGCCCAAACACUGGAGGAGCCUUCAAGCAGACCGACCAAGGCACGUGGGCUCACGUGGUCUGCGCCCUCUGGAUACCUGAAGUUCGUUUUGCGAACACUGUAUUUCUCGAGCCUAUAGAUUCGAUUGAGAUGAUCCCGGCAGCCCGCUGGAAGCUGCAAUGCAUGGUGUGCAAGCAGCGAGCCUCCGGCGCUUGCAUCCAGUGCCACAAGAGCAACUGCUACUCUGCCUUCCACGUCACCUGUGCACAACAGGCUGGGUUAUACAUGAAAAUGGAGGCAGCAGGCGCCGGGCGGGACCCCAGCCAGCCGGUGCAGGUCGCCAAGAUGGCGUACUGCGACGCGCACACGCCGGCGCACGUGCUGCAGGAGCGUCGCGCCGCGGAGGCCGAGGGCGACGCCAAGCCGUCCGACUUGUCGGCCAUCAGGCAGAAGGGACGGGACAAGAUCAAACAGGCGCGUCGUGUCCUCGCAAUGAAGCGGACCUGGGCGCCAGUAGUCCUAGUUCCGACCCUGCCCGCCGAGCGCGUGGCCGAGGUGGCAGCACUGGCGCACGGGCCGCCCGCGUCGCGCGCGCAGCUCAUGAAGCGCCUGCUGGCCUACUGGACGCUGAAGCGGCGCAGCAGGAACGGCGUGCCCCUGUUGAGGAGGCUGCAGAGCGCCACCACACACCACGGUACCAGAGGCAUCCAAGAUGGCACGGUGAACGUGCGAGAGCUUUGCAACCAACUAAAGUAUUGGCAAAGGAUACGCCAAGAUUUAGAGAGAGCUAGGCUCCUAUGCGAACUCGUCCGCAAACGCGAACGCCUAAAGGCCGAACACACCCGCGCGUGGGAGCGUCUCGUGCUACACCACCUCCGGCCCGAGCGGGCCGUCCUGCACAAGCUGCUGCGGCUGCUGCGACAGCGGGACCACAGCGACGUGUUCACCGAGCCCGUCGACCUGCUGGAGGUGCCCGACUACAGUACGGUAGUGAAGCACCCGAUGGACUUAAGCACCAUGGGAAAGAAGUUAGACCGCGGCGCGUACAAAACCGUAGACGAUGUGGAGGCCGACUUCACGCUCAUGAUAGACAACUGCCUCGCCUAUAACAACAAGGACACUGUGUUCUACAAGGCCGCAAUAAAAAUGCGCUCCCAAUGCCUGCCGAUCUUCCGGCAAGCGCGGCGCGACGUCCGCGCCGCCGGCAUGCCGCAGCUCGCCGGCGCCGGCGACGCCGACUCCAGCCCCGAGCGAGAGGCACCGCGCGAGCGGGACAGGGCGCGGUCCACCAGGAGGAGCGUCGACUCGAGGCGGAGCCGGAGCAGGGCUAGUAGCAGCGACAGCGGGAACACUGCCGACACGCGAAGCUCGCGCGCCGUGUCGCGAGCGCGCAGCCGCGCCGGCCGCGCCUCGCCGCGCAGGAGCCUCCGCCAUGACUCAGAUGAUGAUAACAAUACCCGAUCCAGCUCGCCGGUGGCGUCGAAGUGUAAAGUGAACGCGAACUGGUGGCGCGGGCGCGGGCGCGGGCGGGGGCGGCGCGGGCGCGGGGGGCGCGGGCGCGGCCGCAGCCUGCCGCGUAACCCGGCGGUGACCGACACGCCGACCUCGGGCUCCGAGACGCCGGCGCCGUCUAAAUCCGUCGAGCGCACGCAAAAGCUGUCCACGCCGGAGAAAUCGCCAAACAAGUCGCCUGUCAAAUCCGCCAAGUCGCCCCUCAAGACGGCCAGUUCAGGUUUGGGUCUCAUCGGAGGUUUGAGGAAGCCAACGCUACUGCUUACUCCGACGACCGUGGCGACGCCGCCUAAGAGUUUUGGAUCCGAUGCGUCACUCCCCACUUUAUCAGCCAGCCUCGGCCGGCCGCUGGAGCCGUCACCCAAGAAGAAGGGCCGCGGGCGCCCGAGGAAGUGCGACAAGGACAAACAGGCUUCUUCACCCGACCUAUUUCGGACGGGCCUCGGCGAAGGCAAGGCGCUGUCCACGCCCGUCCCGGCCUCGUUCCUGCAGUACCGCGGGACUACCGGCGAGGCCGGCUCGGACAGCGACCUAGCGCUCUCUAGGUCGUCGUCGAACAGCUCCGUGUGGUCGUGCUCGUCCUGCACGCACUACGCCUCCGAACGCUCGCGCUCCGCCAGCUCCAGCGACGGGUCGAGCUACAACGACACGAUGGACUCGACAUUGGAAGGCAGCGGCGCGGACCGACGCGACCGGCGGCGGCGCACCUCGCAGUCCGACCAGAGCCGCUCCGACCAAGACUCGCCCACCACACCGAUUAAGGGCCGCGGCACGCGCUCGUCCACGUCCAAGACGCCCGUGAAGAGCUCGCUGCAGCCCGACGUGCUCCUCGAACCGCUGCAGCUCGUUUGGGCCAAGUGCAGAGGCUACCCCUGGUACCCAGCUUUAAUAAUCGACCCAAAAAUCCCGAAAGGCUUCAUCUACAACGGCGUCCCGUUGCCAGUACCGCCGCAAGACGUGCUCAAUCUCAAGAAGAACCAUUCCCACGAGCCAGUCCUCUACCUAGUACUGUUUUUCGACGUGAAACGCACAUGGCAAUGGCUGCCGCCUAACAAGUUAGAACUUCUAGGGGUUGAAAAAAGUAUAGAUCAGGCUAAGUUGGUUGAAUCUAGGAAACCGGCUGAUAGGAAGGCGGUGAAGAAGGCGUAUGGAGACGCGAUGCAGUUCAGGAAGCAGGUGGACGGAGACAAAUGACACAGGUUCAGGUACAGGUCUAGGAGACCGAAUAGGAAUAGGACGUUCAGCUUCGGGAACUUCUCAUUGAUGCAUAUUAGGACGCCGGAGGAUACGAGCGAUUCCAGCGAUUAAUCUAGUUUAGAAAUUUCAAUGUAUAUAGGUAUAAGUAGGGUGAAUGGCAGAGGGGGAAUAGCAAACAGCACAUGAGCUCCCUACACAUUGGCAUUGGCGCGAAGUGUAAAAUUUACAAUGUAAAAUGUAAAAUUUAAGUUUUUCGAUCACUAGUUAGCAGCAAAGCGCUAGGGUGCACGCUCAAACUGUAGGAAGCUCACAUGGUUAUUGGCGUAACUAACUACUAUAACAUAUUAUAAUGUAAAUCUGUUUAUACUAUACAGGCAGCUCAUUGGGUAAAAAUAUUACUAAUGUACAUCUCUAUAAUAUUUUGACAAGAUAAUUGUAUAGUGAAUACUUGUUAACUUAAGGCCACCCCAUACUAGCGUCUUUUGAGCGUCGGCGCCUAAAGUCUAUUCCAAAGAACUUGCUAACUAUGUAAACAAACCCCCAUAUUGAAAUUGUCUCUGAAUGAUCAAUUUACUAGUGAUGGGCAAGACUCCUACUUACUACUUUACUAAUGUCAAACCAUAUCGAAUAAUAAAAUACCAAAAGUAAAAAAACAAGUAGUUACUUAUUUUUAAUUUGUUUAAUCACGAUCAGAAGACAAAUUAGUACUUAAGAAUGAUGUAUUGAUGUAUUUUAUAACCGCGGCGGUAGGUACAGAGCGUGGGUUGGGUAGUGUGUUGCGGGUUUAUAUUACAAACUUUAGUCACAACACAUGGUUAGUGUUAGACAACAACACAUAGACAAUUGUAGAAUUUAAAGGAAACAAAACCGCCAUUCCAUCAGGUCCUACUAACCAAAUCCAAGAUACAGUUACAUAUUUAUGUAUUUUACGGAACGGACCGUUUCAAUACUGUAUAAUUCGAGGGUUUGGAGGUCAAACCCGAUAAAUCCAAAUAUUUAAUCAUUCAAAUGAGAAUUCCACGCAUGUCACAUACAGUUCUAAUUUCAAAAACCCUUUUACUCGACUUAUCGGGUUUGACCACGCACCCCUCAUUAUGUGUAUGGUUUCGAUGGUAUUUGUUGAGGUGGUGUGAAAAUUCAAAGAGAAACAGUGAUAAAACAAAAUUACGUUGUUUGUUUACAUAGUUAGCAAGUUCUAUUGGAAUAGACUUUAGUGAGCGUUAUGGAAAAUGGCGUCGCUGCGCUGUUGCGCCCACGUUGCGUCGUGCAGCUGCCAUGAGUUGACUAGACGCGACGCUCGGGAGACGCUAGGGGUGACCCUUAAACUUUAAGGUGAGAUGGACUGGAUUGUAGUAUAAUUCGAAUGGUAAGGAUAGGAAUGUGAAAAUAAUACCAUUUGUAAAGAAGUUAAUGUAUGUAUAGGUACAGUUAGCAAGAGAAAUUUCUUAGUGGGCAUUUUAAAAUUACCUCAACACAUAUUACGAGUUUUUGCUUAGGGAGUAAAUGCCUGUGCAGAUAUUUAUUUACAUUAGCCGAUGUAGCAACUUCUGAUGCUGACUGUGCUUUUUGGCAGGUAGUGGUAUUAUUGUACAAUUGUUAUUCGCUGUAGGUUUCAUAUUGACAUGUUUACCUAUUCACGAUAAUAAUGAAAACAUUGCGAAUAAUAAUACCUUCAUAAGUUUCAUAACAUAACUAAAUCAAGUGUACGAGUAUAUACUUAUUCGGAAAGUAAUUGGUAAUCUCAUUAUGAAUUUCUAUAUUUCUAAAUGUAAUAGAGAUAAUACUUAGACGUAAUUGUCUGGUCCCAUAAAGGGUUAACUUGUGUAAAUAAUUACUGUAAUCAUUGUAAUCAAUAAAAAGAUGUUAACUUUGAUCACUUCAAAUUGUAAAAUCAAUCCAAAUGUAUUCAUACAAUCAUCAAAUGUAUAAUGUAUUCAUGUAUGACUAUAACUAAUCUAAAGUUACAUCACUAUUAAUACAGCUGUAUAAACGUCACUUGUAAUAUGUAUUUGUCGAAAUAUUUGUAAAGAUUUCAAUUUAAUGAUGGAGGUAAAAAACAAGUGAUUAGGAAUACUGACAAGGGAAGUGGUAUUGUGGUUAAGGGUGGUAUUCCAUCUGUGCAAUUUAUUUGUCCAUUGUGUAUCGCGUCUCACAUAUUGCUUAGUGAGAGUGUGAGACGCAAUGCACAUUGGACCAAAAAAUUGGACAGGUGAAAUCCCUACCAACCUAACGGAAGAUGGUAGUAUUAUUGUUCUAUGAUAAAGUAGAUAAGGUAUAGAGUAUUGUAACUGGACUGAUGGAUAGAAUGUAGAACGUACAGUAUGCUGCAGAGAUAACUGGGCCUCCUACAAACAAGUUUAUGUGCAGGGGGUAAGUUAUCUCUGCUGCUUGUACCUGAAGAUAGAUUGCUGACUCAUGCUUAGUUCAAAGGGGAGAGAUUAAGGUACGUACUAUUUUAGGGCUGCGCACAAACUGUUCGCGGAGCUCUUAUUAAAGUCAAUUUUCAGGAAAUGGUUUUGUCUUCUUUGUUUUUAGGUUAAACUACUGAAUGAAUUGCCCUUUACAGUCAAUAUACCCACUAUUUUUGUAGGGAAGUUGCUACUGUUGCAUUCUAAUAUGUAUGAAAGAGCUAAUUGUUGACGGGGAGCUGACAUUAGAAUGGUAGUUACCCUAUAAUAUAGCUUCACUUUCUUAUACAGCCUACAGGCACAUCUGAAAAAGUAUUACUUGCUUUGAACUUGUGAAGAUAUCUUAUGUGACAUUCCAAAUCAAAAAGUAUCUUAUUCAGUUGCCAUAAGGUACCUUAUGCUAUAGAAAACCAUAGCCUGUUACGAUGUAUUUAAGAAUAUAAUAUUUUUGCACAUGCUUGAGUGUCUUGUAUCCACUGGUUUUUAAUUUCCUUAUGAAUUUAAGUUUGCAAAGUUUUUGUUUUUACGAUAUCAUACCUAAUAAUUGUCGCCAUUGAUUAGGCGUUUAUUGUAAGUCGUUGUGUUAUCAGUGUUUUAUGCUGGCUUUGUUUGUCAAAAUAUAUGAAUUAAAAGAAAA